AUGGGUGUUUCCACAGCCAAAUACGAAGAAGCCCACAAAGGCGCCAAAGGACCAGGCGACCACCGUCCCACUGCCGAACAAAUCAUCCUCGACGAUGACCUCGUGGGAAAAUUAAAAGGCAAAACCAUGUUGGUCACCGGCACAUCAGCAGGAAUCGGCGUUGAAACAGUACGAGUCCUCGCUACCACCGGGGCCACAAUCUUCUGUGCCGUCCGCAAUCUCCCCAAGGCCGAGAAGGCACUAGCUGGUAUCCUCGAACCAGGACGUGUCGAGUUGCUGGAAAUGGAUAUGGCCUCGCUGGCCAGCGUACGUAAAGGCGCUGCCGAGUUCCGCGAACGCAAUGCCAAGUUGGGAGGGAAAUUGAAUGUACUUAUUACGAAUGCGGGACUCAUGAUGCUUCAGCAAAAGGAGUUGACGGUUGAUGGGUUCGAGGCUCAGUUUGGUGUUUGCCAUGUUGCUCACUUUCUGCUCUUUAACUUGGUCAAGGAGCUCUUGAUCGCCUCUGCGACGCCCGAGUUCCAAUCGAGGGUGGUUGUUGUAUCUAGCAUGGCGCAUCAAGUCGGUCCUGUUUACCCGGAAGAUAAUUACUCCUUUACGAAAAUUCCCUACCAAACCGGACUGGCAUACGGACAAGCCAAGCGGGCGAACGUCCACUUCGCCAACGAGAUCACGCGACGUUAUGGCUCCAAGGGCGUCUUUGCGAACUCGCUUAUGCCGGGUACCAUCGAUACGAUGAGUGCGCCGGGCGUGGAGCUUCCACAGGAAGUCCAGGACUUCUUUAACGCCUACAAGCUUCUUAUGAAAGAUGUCCCACAGGGUGCCGCGACGACGGUUUUGGCGGCCGUGGGGAAGGAGUGGAACGGGGUUGGCGGCAAAUAUUUGGAGGACUGUAGGGAGAUUGAGGUGAUGGGGAAGGCGAAGAAUGAGGCUUUUGGAUACCAUCCUGAUGCUUUUGAUGAGGUGAUUGAAAAGAGACUCUGGGAUGAUUCUUUGAGGUUGGUUGGGUUGCCACAAGAUGCAUGA